CGCAUCUCGAAUGGCGUCGAGUUGUUAUUGUUGAAAGCGUUUAAUAAUUUCUUUAAGGAUUAUGAGUGUUUUUAUGGAGUUUUUAAAAGCCUUCUUGCAAAUUAGUGAUCCUAAAGUAUACUAGUACAAGUGCAGAGGAGAACUUUCCGGCUGGAUUGGCUUUUUGAGUGUCAAAAGUAUGUCACAGAGAAUCGGGUUGAUGUAAAACUUCGAUAAUCGGAAUGUGACUCCCACCAAGGAUGGCAGCAGACAGUGAUGGCUGCGAUUUAACGACAAUAGUCACAUGCGAAGGCAAUCUUUCAGACCCUGACUUCGCAAAUCGCUUCAAAGCUGUCGUCGGCACACUGAACGGUAUUCUGGGAGACGUCGUCACAGUCCACAAGCUGGAGCCCUGGAAUUCGGUGCGUGUAACGCUGUCUAUUCCUCGGGAAGCAGCGUUACGUUUGAGGAAGCUGGCCAGCGAGGGCUCGGCCCAGCUCCGCAACCUGGGGAUACUCAGUGUGCAGGUGGAAGGCGACCAAGUCAUCUCCUUGCGCAUCGCCAACUCCGUCAACGCGGAGCCCCAGGAAAUCCGCCUCCAAACCACCCAAGAUGGCAGCGGUAGCAGUCAAGACGGCCCCUUGUCUCGAUUCCUGGCCCCUGCGACGGAACCGGAAAAAGUGCAGUUCAAGUCACCCAACGUGGUGUGCCCCCCUGACAGUGUGGUCCCUAAAGUACCCGUCAGCGCUGCAACGGUUGUUAGCACCACGCCCCCGACCACCAAAAGCUACGCGGGACCUUUCCCCUUCACCAGCAUGAACCAGGCGAUCCAUAGUCAAGCGAAUUACGCCACUCCACCGCCCCCCUAUCCAGGAAAACACCCAGCGGUGACGAUCUCCAGCCCCCUUCUGGUGAACCUGCUUCAGAACGACGGGGCAACGUCACCGAAAACAACCGAAACUCCAGUGAGCAGUGCAGUGAACAGGACGGUGAAUUCGUUUGUGCAAAAACCGAACUUGCCUCGAACUAUAGUCAGGCAGAAGAACACCAAACCUCAGGCAAACACGUCACCAAGCGCCUUAUCAAAUACUUCCAUUAGGCAGAAUAGUAAACCAAACAGUACAAUUACACCACCACCGUACCCCAACAACACGGCAACAACUCAUCUGCCCCCACCGCCCCCCUACUCGGUGGCGGUCACUCGCCAGUGGGACUCCGUAGUACAAACUUCACCUUUCUUGGACUUGACGCCUUCACUCACCGACGACUUGGAGCAUCUCCUUCCAACACUGGAGCGUGACCUUGCCAGGAGCCCUCCCGAAAUCCCAGAGGAAUUGACCCACGGGGACGACAAACGCAACUUUCUCAUCAACCCCUUAACCGGCGAAUUGGAACCGCAAUCGAGCGGCGAGAGCGAAACCGAAGACCUGGGGGAUGUCUUUACCGGACUACCAUCACCCGCAGCUCUGUCGGACGACGACACCAAUUCAACAAUACGCCCAGACACAACGGACCAAAGUGACAGUGAAACGCGCUCCUCACACAGUGACAGUGGCAAACACUCCCGUAUCAAAACGAAAACGGUCCGUGACCGUGGUCGCGACUCCCCAAACCUUAAACCAACCGAAAAAAUCAAACUCCGACUCAAAUUGGAAAAAUCCGAACCGAUCAAUACCGCCUACAAAGUCGAUGUUAGUUUCAUCCAACAGCCGAAGAAGGCGUCCACGUCCGUCGUCGCCGCGUCACCAGGUGAAGAACUCCGCGUUCCCCCUUUACACAUUUCGUUACGUGGACGCCACCACGCAUUCAUCACCAACAAGAAGAAAAAGCUCACAGACAAGGCGAAAAUGCGCAAGAAAAUCGCCACCGACAGUGCAAUAAUCGACGAAACCGACGAGAAAAAGAAGAAAUUCAAGUCGAAUAAUCAUGAUUCGACGGACCUCAUCUCCAAAUUGGUCAUUCACAACAACUACAAGGACAAGCAAAAGGAACGACGCGGAAGCGAUUCGGAAUUGACACGAGCCAAUUUGAAAUUUGUCGAUAGUAAUGGAAUUAUUUCCGUUGAGAAGAAGCGUCGAUUGAGUCAGUCUGAGCCGGGUCUCGAAUCAGAACCGCCGAUUUUGGGUUCGACCAAUGUCGGAACAAUUGCAAGUCUACCGCAAAAAUCGCGAAAAGACAAGAGUAAAGUCAAGGAGGUGUUCAAGAGUAAAGAUGUAGUCAGGAAUAAGAGUUUUAGUAAGAGUUGUUUGGGUGAAAAGUUUACGAAACAGGUGGCGUUGCCGACGGGUGAAAUUGACAUGGGGGCGAAAUUUAAGCAAAGUUUGAUGGAAGGCACGGAAAAGGGAAUUCCAAGGCCGCCGCAUCGGACUGAAAAUGUACAUCAGAUCGGUGUGGAGAAUAAGAAAAUCGAAAAGGCUGAUCAGAUAAAAGUGGAGGCGGAGCCGCCUCCCCUGAAGGAGAAAUCCCCCGAGCCGGACAAGUGCAACACUCCCGAUCGCAAACAGGCCGAUUUGGGCGAUAAACAGGCGGGCCGUUCACCGAAUUCCGGUGCCCAAGGCGAAGACAGCGGUAUCGAAAGUAUGGACGCUCUAAGCGAAAAAUCACCGAAUCAGGCCAGCCAAAGUCCACACGCCGACAUUCCCGAACCAAUCAAAUCAAAAACACAAGUGCCUGACAUGCCUCACAUGCUCGACAUUGAAGCCCAAUUGGCCAAAAUGGAAGGUUUGAACGGCGUUGAAGACAUGAACGAGAACCAACACAACACCCAACCGAAACAGUUGGGUCAGUGUUGCGAAUUAACUUCGGCACUGCAAGAUAGUCUCAAACAAGGAGCUGUCAGUCUGUCAUCGGUCAACGUGGCGAGUCCGCACGCUGUGAAAGAACAACUUCAACCGGCGGAAGUCACUCUCGUUCCGGUCAAGACCAAGACGAAAGAAGACGAUUUGGAGCCGCUUCCGGUUCGUGUAACGCCGCCUCUCUACACUUAUUCGAAUCCGGAGAAAGGCCGAGGUUCCGAAAGUCCGACAAUGUCGGAUGAAGACAGCAAUUCGUGUUCCAACAACAUCCACAAAACGAAAAGUCUCCUCGAACAGCUCCUGAUUGAAAUACCUGAUAAUCAAACGCCGAGUUCACCGAGCCCUGCGACACGUUCGGUUCGCACUAGAGCCCUCUCGAAGUUGAACAGUCCCGAAUUAAAUUCGCCGGUUUCGACAACAAUUAAACCAAAUCGUGUUGCGACGACACCAGCCGCCAAAAGGAAACGACACGAAUCGGACAGUUCCAACAACAGCAUAGACGAUACGAGGAAUAAAAAGACAAGGAAAUGCUCGGAAAAUGCAGUUGAACUGAUUAAGGCAUGUAUUGGUGUCGAGGCGACCAAAGCGAAUAAUGUUAAAAAGUCGGCGAAAUCGCAAGACGAAAGUUCGGACAGUGACGAACCGCUGAUUGAGAAAGUCAGGAAAACGGCAACGGCGAAUAGUGUGGGGAAGAAGGCCAAAAGUGGGAAUGGGGUCAAAGGUGUUGCGGUGACGACGAGGAGGUCGGUGAGGACGACAGCGAUCCCGGCGCCGAAUACGAGAAGUAAAGGGGAUAAAGUUGGGGUGGAUUCGGAAGCGCUGAGGAGGAAGACAAGGAGUGCUGUGUCGGAGGGCGACAGCAAACGCAAGAAAGAGGUAAAGUGACAGUAUCAGAGUGGCCGUCCAUCCGACGGUCUCCAGCUACUAGAAGCAGAGCCUCUCACUAGGCCCCCAUACGUAACAGUGCCCAUACUGCAGCCCCAGCCUUGAACACCUUUAAUUUGAAAAUUAAACAUAAAAAAGUUAAACAGCAGCCACAGCCAUGUCACCGUUACUGUACAGAUUGUGAUAUACCCACUAUAAUAUUGUAAAUAGCUAGGAUCAAUUAUUGUAAAUAGAAGAGAGAAAACAAGAGAGAAGCAGUGUCACAAAGUCACACCCGUUUAUAUAAAUGUAAUAUAAUGUGGUAUUUUCCAUACGAGCUAACGCAUAUAUAAUACAUAAUACAUACUAUUCUUUACUAUUGUUUGCAUUUUACGUAGAAAAACAUCAAAUAUCUCACGAUUGUAUGUACAUUGUAUGAUUAUUGUAAAGUUGUUGACAUAUUGUUUACUUUUAGCUUAGUUGUAUCUGUUUUUCUUUAUUAUUAUUGAUUUUUUAACUAUUAUUUAUACCACAAAGCCUUGUAGGGUAUGUUUCUUGUUUCUUUACGUAAAAUACAAUGACUUGUAAUGUUCUUAAUUGUAGAUUUGUGGAAAGGUUGAUGAUUAUAAACUAUGCAUUGUUAAAUAGAAAUAUCUUAAUAUUUAUA